AUGGAUAAUAUAAUGAAUCUCAAAACAGAAUAUAUGAAAAUUACGGAUUCACAAAUUAAAGACUUAUUACAAAGCCAAAUCAAGUUAAUCGAUUAUGCUAAAAACAAACAAAGUCACCAUUGUAAUGAAGAUGAAAUAAAAAUGAAAGAAUUAACUUCGAAAAUAACCUCUAUGCGGGAGAGUCUUCAAUCUGAACAACAGACAUUGGAAUAUAAGAAUUAUGAUCUGUCUAAACACUUAGAUUAUAUAGUAACUAUUUUAAAAAAGAUUUCAUUGUAUGAAGAAUUAACUGGAAUACAUUGGGACUAUGAAAGGCUUAAAGAAAGUGUUGCAGGAUAUAAAAAAAAGUACAUUCACUACUUUUGUUAUACAAUUGACAAUGCAAAGGAUUUCAGUAAUCUUUUAUGGCAGGAAAUACAUCAGUCCAUACAGAAAAUCAAGACAUAUGAUAAAGAAAAUAUUAUUGGUACACCUGUAAGGUUGGUCGUCAUCUAUACUUGUACAUGUACAUGA